AUGAGACUCAAAUUGUUUGGCUGUAUUUUAACCCUUGUAACUGGCUAUUCUGUUGGUUAUGUUGAGGAUAAUUGUACCUUAAUAAUACAGAACACUGAAUUUAACGGAAAAAUUGAGAUGAAUCCAGCUACACCAAUUCUCACGAAAAGACUUACUGUAAUUACAUUUUGUAGUCGUUUGUGCAAAAACGUACCCGAAUGUAUCUCGCUGCGAUUCAACAAAAAUAAAUUUGAGUGUCUGUUAUACAGUACACCACUCGACAAAAAUCUUACCAAUUAUGUUGACAGUCCUGGCAUCCAAUAUAUGGAGUUCGUGACUUAUUGUUCAAGCAGCACAAGCAUCCUAGAGAUGACAACUCCGCCGCCAAAGUCGACUGAAAUAAACCCCAAAAGUGAUGGUCCACGUAGUUUAACAGGCUGGGGUUUGUUGUAUCCUGUACUGAUAACCGUUGCUGUAAUUAUAAUAAUAAUACUCAUCAUUAUAGCAGUUAACUGUAUCAACGAACACUGCGAGAAAAAACACAACUACGAUUCUAUGUAG